AUGGCGGCCUCCAUGGGUUGCUGGCUUCUCUUCCUUAUACUCCUCAGCUUCCUCUGGGACGCGUCCGGCGGCUUGGGUUGGGGGGCCUCCCUGGACGACGACUUGCUGCUGCCCUACACCCGCGUGCGCGCGCGCUCCGCCCGGGACUGCGCGAGGGUGCGUGUCGGCAGCCGCGAGCACGAGAGCUGGCCGCCCCCCCCGGCGACCCCCGGCUCCCGCCGCCCCGCAGCCCGCACCUUCGUUUCGCACUUCGCGGGCCGCGCGGUGCCUGGCCACCUGACGCGGGCGGCCGAUCCCCUGCGCACUUUCUCGGUGCUCGAGCCUGGCGGGCCCGGCGGCUGCGCAUCGAGGCGCCGCGCCACCGUGGAAGAGACGGCGCGGCCGGCCGGCUGCAGCGUCGCCCAGAACGGCGGCUUCUUCCGCAUGGACACCGGCGAGUGCCUGGGCAACGUGGUGAGCGACGCGCGGCGGGUGAGCAGCGCCGGGGGCCUGCAGAACGCGCAGUUCGGAAUCCGCCGCGACGGUACCCUGGUCACCGGGUACCUGUCUGAAGAAGAGGUGCUGGACACUGAGAACCCAUUUGUGCAGCUGCUGAGUGGGGUCGUGUGGCUGAUUCGAAAUGGAAGCAUCUACAUCAAUGAGAGCCAGGCGACUGAGUGCGAUGAGACACAGGAGACAGGUUCCUUCAGCAAAUUUAUCAAUGUGAUAUCGGCCAGGACGGCUGUGGGCCAUGACCGCAAGGGGCAGCUGGUGCUCUUCCAUGCAGACGGGCAGACGGAGCAGCGGGGCAUUAACCUGUGGGAGAUGGCGGAGUUCCUGCUGAAACAGGAUGUGGUCAAUGCCAUCAACCUGGAUGGAGGAGGCUCUGCUACCUUCGUGCUCAAUGGGACCUUGGCCAGUUACCCGUCAGAUCACUGCCAGGAUAACAUGUGGCGCUGUCCCCGAAGUGUGUCCACCGUGGUGUGCCUGCACGAGCCCCACUGCCAGCCGCCUGACUGCAAUGGCCAUGGGACCUGUGUGGAGGGGCACUGCCAGUGCAUGGGGCACUUCUGGCGGGGCACCGCCUGCGACGAGCUGGACUGUGGCCCCUCCAACUGCAGCCAGUGUGGGCUUUGCACUGAGACUGGCUGCCGCUGCGAAGCUGGAUGGACAGGGUCCAACUGCAGUGAAGCUUGCAACAAUGGCUUCUUCGGGGAGGACUGUGCCAAGAAGUGUCAGUGCCAGAAUGGAGCUGCCUGUGACCCAGUUCGGGGGACCUGCACCUGUCCCCCUGGCUUCACUGGAGACAGCUGUGUUCAGGAGUGUCCCCUCGGCUGGCACGGGCCAGGCUGCCAGAGGCCUUGUGAGUGUGAGCACCAGUGUCCCUGCGACCCUCAGACCGGCAACUGCAACCUCACCCAGGCUCCCAACCUGAGCAGCAUUCUCUCCCAAGUGAAGCAGUGUCUCCAGCCAUCCCAGGUCAGCCUGCAGACGAGAGAAUCCUCCCUCUUCACUGGGACCUCCUGGCUGGCCCUCACCCUGGCCCUGGCUUUCCUUCUGCUGAUCAGCAUCGUGGCGAACGUGACCUUGCUCCUUGGUUCAAGGGCAGAGCGGAGCCGGCACCUGGACGGGUCCUACGUCUACCACCCGCUGCAGGAGAUGAACGGGGAGCUCUCAGCUGCCGAGAAGGAACAGCCGGGUGAUACCUGCAACCCCUUCAAGGACUGA